UGUCAUUAUGUCAUUUUAAUUUUGUGACAGACGGAGUUCACAAUUCUGUGAUUUUGGUUACGCUUAAUUUUUGAUAAUUGAUGAUUUAUCUAAGUUUAUCGGUAUCGGUCCUAACCUUCGGCGAAAAGGUUUCAUAUAUUUCUAUUAAAAAUAUUGCUAUUCCAAGUUUUUAGUUUUAAGAUUAAGUGAAAUUGGAAGAAGUGUUCCGUCAGUUGUUCACUUCACAACAAUAACCUUUCGUCAUUGUGGAUAGGCUAAUUACGUAUAAUUAGUACACGAAAACAUCAUAACAGCGACAGUGAACGCGAUGGCUAAGGAGGAAGACGACGACAAUUUGCCCGACAAAGAUGCGGCUAAAGAAUUCUACGCGAGAUACGAACCGAAAGAAAUAAUAGGCAGGGGUAUAAGUUCAACAGUAAGAAGAUGUAUAGAGAAGGAGACAGGGCGGGAGUAUGCUGCCAAGAUCAUAGACUUGAGUCAGGAGUCCCAGGAUGGAGUAGACACGCAUACCAUGAGGGAUGCCACGCGGCAAGAGAUACACAUACUGCGGAUGGUUGCCGGACACCCUUAUAUUAUCGAGCUGCAGGACGUGUUCGAGUCGGAGACGUUCAUAUUCUUAGUGUUUGAGCUGUGCAAGAAUGGAGAGCUGUUUGACUACCUCACGUCCGUGGUCACGCUGUCCGAGAAGAAGACUAGAUAUAUUAUGAGACAAGUCCUCGAAGGCGUCCGGCACGUGCAUAGCAAGUGCAUCGUGCACAGAGAUCUGAAGCCCGAGAAUAUCCUGCUGGAUGACCAGCUCAACGUCAAGAUCACCGACUUUGGCUUCGCUAAGGUGCUGAAGGAUGGGGAGAAAUUAUUUGAGCUUUGCGGUACUCCAGGCUACUUGGCCCCGGAGACACUGAAGGCCAAUAUGUUUGACGAUGCACCUGGCUACGGCAAGGAAGUUGAUAUAUGGGCGUGUGGAGUCAUCAUGUUUACAUUACUAGUUGGUUGUCCUCCGUUCUGGCAUCGCAAGCAGAUGGUAAUGCUGCGGAACAUCAUGGAGGGAAAGUAUUCCUUCACCAGUCCCGAGUGGGCGGAUAUCUCAGACGACCCAAAAGACCUUAUUAGGCGACUUCUGGUGGUGGAACCAAGCGAAAGGCUUGAUAUUAUCCAGGCGCUCAACCAUCCCUUCUUCAACACUAUGUUAUGGGAUCAAGACAUGAUGCCGCUCAAGAAAUCCUUGUCCAGCACCAGCCGUCGGAUGUCUAGGAUCGAGCAAUUGACUAUGGCUAUAAAGAGUAGCGGGUUCAAUGCCCGCGCGAAGUUGCGCGUGGCACUGGCGUGCGUCCGCGCGGCCGUGCGUCUGCGCCGCCUGCCGCACACCGCGGCGCGCGCGCUGCCGCUCGCCGACGCGCUGCGCGACCCCUACACCAUGCGCGUGCUCAGGAAGGUGAUAGACGGUUGCGCGUUCCGAGUAUACGGCCACUGGGUGAAGAAGGGCGAGGGUCAGAACCGAGCCGCCCUAUUCGAGAACACGCCUAAGACCGAACUGAAGAGUUUGUACGUCAGCAACCUCAGCCGAUAGCCGCCCCGACCGCUAUGUCGGGAGACACCCUUGCCGUUGCUGCGAUCCUGGUAUAUUGAAGCACUUCACGUACCAGGGUAGCAGAAUAUUGGAAGACGUGUUCUUCAAACAAGCUGAAGCCACGUGCCAGCGAGUGACGUAGGUUAGUCGUAGUCACAGUAUGUAGUAUCGAACUACAUCGGUACACUAGUUUAAUUGUCUACCUGUAUUAUUGUAUGGCCAUCGACUACCGAUUCACGUAGUCAAUAGUGUAAAUUAUAAAUUACAUUUGGAAAUUAUAAUAGUACAAGAAUUUAAUGUAUAGCAAUAAUCGUUGCUGUGAUGACGAAUUAAUUAUUUCUUGUGUUAGACGUUAAUUGUUUUCUCACUAUGUUAAGGUCCACAUUAGCAUUAAUUUAGUAUUAUUAAAGUCCUAUAUAAAUAUUGUAAUGAUCAAAUUAGUUCACGUUAUGUUUUUAAUAAAUGAUAAUAGACACUGAAUUUUUCAUAGACGAAACCAUACGAUGUAAUUCGUAUGAAAUAUAGCAAUAUUGUGUCCGUACGUUAUGUUCUAGCGACACAGAUGUUUAGUCUAUAAAAAUAUCACAAUAAGGUGCCUUCUGAGUUCUUGGUGCGAAAUUUUAUAUCGUUUAAUAUAUUUAAUUUGAAAGUGUGAACGUAACGAAUAGCUCAUAAUUAGUAUCCACGAGCGAGCGUUCUAUCGAUAACUUUAUGGGAUAUUUUUAUAUUGGAAAUUGACGAUAAAAGACAUAGAAAAAUAUGAAACUGACGAAUAUUAUGACGAGAAUGAGUUUUAGCACUCCCAUUGAAAUAGGGGUGCGGUGUUUUUGACUCUGCAACGUCUAAGACUAGCAAAAGUUUUUAUGUAUUGUAUAUUCAAUAAUUCAAUGACACACAUGUCCAAAUUAUAUGUAUUUGUAUUCAAAAUUCUAUGUAAUUUCUUGUCUUUUAUACGAUAUUUUAUUCAUUUGAAUUAUUGCUUUCGACUCAGUAACUCAAUUAAUAUUAAGUCAUCAUUCGUUGUUUUAAAACUGGCAAUAAAAAUCCAAUAUGUAUUUAAUUUACCUUCGAAUAUACAAAAUGGACGUUCGCAUCAAAAAACUCGAAAAUAAACUAGUUUUUUUUUAUCUGUCUGACUUUUUUGUAUGUAUGUCCAAAUAGGAUUCUGCUUAUUAUCUCCGAGUAAGGAAUGUUGUAUUUAAAUUAUUACCUAUAUUAUAUAAUGUGUAUUUAUUUAUUUAUGUGUAUAAGUAAUAGUCAUUUUAUUUGUAUUUCUAUCGUCCUUAGCCGCAAUACUUAUAAGAUCCGAUCACCAAAAAUAGUUUUGAUCUAUCUAUACUAUGUAAGUACCUAAAUGAUUGUAGCUAGAUAUUAGAAAUUAAAAAUAUAUAUUUUUUGUACUGAAAACCUUUUUCCUCAAGUAGAGUGAAAUAUUUAUUGAACUUCGUGAAAUGUAAAAAGUAUUUUUCUGCGUUUUUAAUUGUGCUUUUUCUUCACUAAGGAAAAUAAUUUCCUUUACACUUAUGAAAUAAAAUGUCGAUUUAGUAUGUUAUUCUGUGAUGAGUCGUAGUUCCACAGGUGUACAUCAAAGACAGCUUCUCAAUUAGUUAUCACAAUACCUACAUGUUUUAUCCAUUUUAGAAGAAUAAAUUUAUUUAAAACUA